AAAACCUACUCCAAGCACAGUCCAAGACCGAAGAAACCCCGUUGAUUUCCUCACGGGUCUCCCAGCUCUCAUUACCGAUUUUGAUGUUAAUCACGCCGUGAUUAAAGUCUCCAGGUUCAAAGUUUGAAACAGCGAGGUCCGCGAAGAGUUCAGAUUUGAAUGCUAGGAUCGCUUCUGCUUGUCUCAUAGCUCUGUGUUUCUAUCUUGUUAGCUGUGUAAACUGAGAAGCCACACAAAAGGAUCAAGGUGGUGCCCUGCCAAUGGCCAUUGGGCAGCUUCGGCAACGUAGACGCUCAACUGAGGUUUCUCCAGAUGUUGACAAUAAAAAUGGAAGCCGUUUACUCAUUAAUGAUCAAAACAAAUACAGAUCAAUGGUGACCCGUGUUUAUUCAUCAAUUUGGAUGAUUGGGGGCUUUGUACUUGUAAUAUACAUGGGUCAUCUCUGUAUUUGGGCCAUGGUGGUGGUUAUCCAAAUUUUUAUGGCAAGAGAACUGUUCAAUCUACUCAGGAAGGCGCAUGAAGAUAGGCAUCUCCCAGGAUUUAGGCUAUUGAAUUGGCACUUUUUCUUCACUGCUAUGCUGUUUGUGUAUGGGCGCAUUCUCAAUCAACGACUCGUGAACACCAUUACUUCUGACAAAUUCUUAUAUCAAUUUGUGAGCAGCUUUAACAAGUAUCACAUGUUUACCUGUUACUUCUUGUAUACAGCAGGUUUUAUGUGGUUCAUUCUUACAUUAAAGAAGAAGAUGUACAAGUAUCAAUUCCGCCAAUAUGCAUGGACACACAUGAUUCUAAUUGUGGUGUUCACACAGUCCUCCUUCACUGUAGCAAACAUUUUUGAAGGGAUUUUCUGGUUUCUUCUUCCAGCAUCUCUUAUUGUUAUCAAUGAUAUUGCUGCUUAUUUCUUUGGUUUCUUCUUUGGACGAACACCUUUGAUCAAGUUAUCUCCAAAGAAGACAUGGGAAGGUUUUAUUGGAGCAUCUUUUAUGACAAUUAUCUCUGCAUUUGUGAUUGCAAAUAUCCUAGGUCGCUAUGAAUGGCUAACAUGUCCAAGGAAGGACUUAUCAACUGGUUGGCUUCAUUGUGAUCCUGGCCCAUUGUUUAAACCUGACUACUUUGCUUUACCAGGGUGGGUUCCUAAAUGGUUUCCUUGGAGAGAAGUCCAGAUUUUGUCUGUUCAAUGGCAUGCAUUAUGGCUUGGCCUUUUUGCAUCAAUAAUAGCACCAUUUGGAGGUUUUUUUGCAAGUGGUUUUAAAAGAGCUUUCAAGGUUAAGGAUUUUGGUGAUAGUAUUCCUGGACAUGGAGGAAUGACAGACAGAAUGGAUUGCCAGAUGGUGAUGGCUGUUUUUGCAUACAUAUAUCAUCAGUCUUUUGUCGGGCCACAAAGUUUGUCGAUUGAGAUGAUUUUAGACCAGAUAUUGAUGAACCUGACUUUUGAGGAGCAGCGGGCACUGUACUCAAAGCUUGGGCAGAUAAUCCUGGACCAGCGGUUUGAAGAAUCCUAAAUUUGCUAACUGCACAAGCUCUUUAAUUUAUGCUCCAGCAUAUGAUGAUGUGUUCGGUUCAUAUAGCAGCUGGUGGUGUUCUUUUAAGAACAUAAUGUGUAAGCCGUCCACGGUUUAGGGUCCCUCGUUCGAGUGCUUGACAAGAAAGCAUGGGUUAUGAAGGUAACAGCAGCUUAUCCUGCCCAUUAUUGCGAUGCCUUGACAUUGAUCCUUCCUUAAUGUGUGACCCUUAUUGCUAAGCUAAAUCCUGUUUUCCUUGCGAUGAUGAUUCAGCCUCACUGCCGCUGGAACAUUGUCCAUCAAAGUCAAGUUGGGAGUGUUGGAAUAGAAUAUUCUUCCGUUUGCAAAUUGUGUUUGCUGAAGUAUUCUUCCAUUUCCUUGGGAAUGUUUUUCUGAAGGUAGCCAAUGGCUGUUGAACUUAUUACCUAAUUCAAAUGCAGUUUUUUUU